AUGUCAACAACCACACAACAAGGUCCGGCGCUACCAAGAGCCUCGCUAAAGCUAACAGGUGGCAUAGAAAUCGAGUGCCUGCUGAUCACCAGUCACACAACUGAGGAUAGGGGCCAUCUACGAGACGAUGCUUCAAGCACGGUACUAGCUCAAAACAGGGUGUACCAAGCUCUUAGACCCCCGAUUCGAGUUGUGUGCGUCGAAUGUAAGGCUACUUUCGACUAUCAUCUGCCGCUGUACAACCCGAAAGACCCGAAUGAAAGCGAUUACAUUAAGUGGGAUGUAUCACUUGAUCCAUCUUUAGAUCUGUCCUCAGAGGAGAAAAGGAAAAUCGACGCCAGAUGGCUGGACUUCCAUGUCGCACCAAUCGAGAUCAAGUCUCGCGUAAUGCUGCUCACAGAGAACUUCGCCGUCGCGACAAGCAAAUCGAACCCCAGCCAUACCCACAAGAUCACAUAUCGUGAAGAGAUUGAGGCUGUAUAUUCACGUCUGCUGAAGAGCUUCAAUGACCCGAGGAGUGAGCAUGCAAGGGACUGCAGGCUGGUCAUCAAUAAGACGGCUUCGACACAUGUCCAUAUUGGAUCCUCCUACAAUGGCUUUCCCCUGGAGACAGUCAAGAACGUCAUGUCUGUUUUGGUCGCUCAUGAAUUGCAGGUCGAUGCGGUCCACUCUGUAGAUCGUAUUACUGGAUGCGACCGACUACGACAGGACGGCACCUGGCAACACUUGUCGUCAACGUCGGGGUGUCGUUCUCAAACUUCAAUUCCGGCUGCGUACAACCAGCCUUGGUCAGCACACUUUUCUGACUCUGCGUUCAAGCACUACAAGGGAGAAUCCGAAGCUCAAAGGCUCCAGAGGCGCACUCAGUCUUCUAAACCUUCAGCUGUGUAUCCUGCCAGCAAAUUCCACCGAAGACCCAAAGUUCAACUCGCGGCGCAGAAGUGCGACAUUGGAUCUUGGCUGACCCUGAUUGAGUGCGCGAGCUCCGUUCAAGAUCUCAGACGUUUCCAAUUCGGUGUCGCUCAUUCUUCCACCAUCAACUUGACGAAUCUAAAAGAACACAGACUGUUAGCAGCCUCGCAUUACUCUCGUUGGGAUGGCAAGAUGACCAUCGAAUUCCGCCAGCACGGAGCAACUCUCCAGUCGGCAGAGAUUCUGAACUGGAUUGGGGUCUUGGUUGGUCUGUUCAAGUACGCUAAUAGCACCAACCACGCUGCUGUCAAGGCUGCUUGUUUGAAGAACUGGGACAACCCAGCAUUCACUAUGCUCGACCUUCUGAAACUCUUUGGCUACCGGGCUCAGGACGAUAUCUUCCGGCACUAUGCGAACGUGUUGGGAGAACUCCCCAAUCGUAGACCUUACUCUGAAACCAUCGAAAUGCAGGCACUCAGAGCCGUCGACAGGUUUGGGCCGAAUGACUGCUUCGCUCCUGUCAUGAAGCAUCUGAUCAAGAGCAGAGCCGAACUCACUAACAUUGAAAAGGUCAGACAGUUGAUCAAUCGCAAGUUCUUGCAGGGCGGCUACGGUCAAUUCAGUAAGUCCUAUCUCGAUGAGCGCAUAGCCCUGGAGUUUGGGGUGCCCGAGUACCUGAUACUGGGGUUCUGCCCUCCGUGGUCAUCGUACGAGACUGGCGAGCCAUCGAGUGAUGCUGGUGCUGAGUCUCAUGGCUCUGAGACUGGUCGAAGGACGUCGGUGAUAGGUCUUCGACAAGUCUGA